GAAAAUGCUCCAAAAUAUAAAUUUACAAUUUGUACUGGUACAUUUUUUUAUAUUUCGUGUCGCCAUUUAAUUUUUGCGCAGUACUUAAAUCGGAACAGCAUUAUGAAAAAAUGAAUAAAAGAAGCUGCAAUAAUCCAAGCAUAAAACGAUUUUUUUCACCACAGACCUCAGACAUACCGCGUAAAAAGCCACGCAAGACCGCGGAAUUUGCUAAUGGACACACAAGUAAAGUCAAUGGCGUCAGUUCAGAUGCACAAGAUGCAGAAAAUUGUGUUGGUGAAAUUGAGAAGGAGAAUAUUCCUGCAACCACAGUUUCUCCGAGCAUAUCACAAAUUAAAUUUAAUUGGAAUAAUUUUGUGCAGGAUCCUGGCGAUUUUAACGAAUCUCGCUACCCUGUUACUUUUAAUACAUUCAAAACAAUGACCCACAGUACAACUGUCGCGAAAUGUAUACUAUUGAACAUAAAAAGUGCAACAGGUCUUGACUUCACCGACGAUCAAUUAAUGCUGGAUCGUGUUUUAAAAAAUUAUUACAUACAAUUUUAUGAAAAACCACAAAUUCGCCAGGUGUAUAAACUGGAUAUAAAAGCGUGUCCGGUUUUUGUUAAAAAGAAAAUAAUGCAAAUACCAAAGGCUGGAGAAGAAAGAGAACAUACUACUGAUAUACAAAAGGAGAACAUAGAACAAAGCAAAAAAGUGGAAAUUGUUAAAUCUGCACCGUUAGAGAAAGUGAGUAAGCAGAAAAAACCGGAGUUAGCUGAGGCACAAUCUUCCAAAACGCAAAGUAUUGCAAUUGCACAGCAAAGCGUACAACCAAUGGAAUCCAAAAGUCCUGCAAAUAAAUUAUACAUUUCCAUGAAAACUCUUACCCAGUCAAACUUUUUACUCAAUCAUAUAAAGCACCAUGUCCAACAAGUUGAAAAACAGCAAGCGAUAUUAGAACGAAUUAAAUCUGAGAUUCUACAACAACCAAAGCAUAAUCAUGCGAAACGAAAUGAUUUGGCCGUACAACAAGUGUCUGUGGAAGAAUUACCAAGCCCUCAAAACCAAUCAGCUAUGAUAACGGUAACGCAGCGUAUACAGGAAGCAAAAGAUUUAUUUUAUAGAGAGUUUAAUAAGAAUAAUACGCUUCCGUAUGCUCUACGUUUCCAUAAAGGUCUCAAACGUCAUAUAAUCGAAGCGAUUCUUAAAAUGUCAUUCGAAGAAUUCAAAAAAUAUACAAGAAUAUAUGAUGCACCCGAAAUUUACGCGGACGACGAAUUAUUAGGUGGUUAUUACGACUAUGCGAUUAAGGAACCUAAAAUUUGGCCGCUAAAUCUUUAUAUACCUCUAAAAUACUUAUUUCACUUCAUCAAAUCAAAGGGUAUUACAUUCUCUGAACAAAAUUUAGAACACGUUUCGCCAAUGCUCCUACAUUGGCAUGAACUGAGUACUAGAACAAAUUUUGAUGAAAUUAUGCGCUGGGAUUACUAUCGUUGUAGGGGUGUAAAAUUUAAUAAACUCACAAACCUAGACACUUAUCGUAAAGCAUUUUACGAGAAAUGCUGGCAACACAACAUUUGGUUGCGAGAGACACCCAAAGUAUUAAACAAAUUAGAUAAGAAUCAGGUGAUGGGAAAGCAGACCACGCUGGAAGCUGAAUUUGAUGAAGAAAUUGUAGAAGCUCAACAUUCUAGUGAAAGCGUCACCGUACCGCAGGUGAGCAAUUUUGAUGGAGGCGUAGCCACACAGGGAGUGGCCAAUGGCGAAAGCUCAGAACCAAGUCAAGUAAGCAAAGCCGCUGAAAAAGUACCUGAAAACGUAAUAAAAGUUGGAAAUGUUAAAUCGGCUAUGGAUGUAAGUAGUGGCAGUGCUGAGUAUGAAGGUGAAGCAAAUGCUAAAUCGGUUACGGAAAAUCCGAAAGAAAAUCUAGAAGCGCUCAAUAUAAACCCAGAAGCACUCCCCGAACACAGACUGACUGGGGAAAUAGCUUCUCAUACAACUGCUGCUAAAAUAACCACAACUGGACAAGAGUCAGUCGUAAAACUAGAGCAAAAUUGUGUGCGUGAAAAGUCUGCAUGUUUUCCAGCAGCAUCAACAGAAAGGAUUGAGGAACCCAAAGAGCUUAAUGAGAAUGUUACAGAUGAUAGCGAAGUGACUGCACAACCAGCAUUAGCAACAAUGGCUGAGGAACCCAGAGUGCUUAAUGUGAAUGCCGUUACAGACGACAGCGAAAUGACUGCGCAGCCAGUGGCAAGAACAAUGGCUGAGGAACCCAGAGUGCUUAAUGUGAAUGCCGUUACAGACGACAACGAAAUGACUGCGCAGCCAGCAUCAGCAACAAUGAUUGAGGAGUCCAGAAAAUUAAAUCAGAAUGUCAUUGCUGACGAUAAUGAGAUUACUGUACAACUGUGUGCUUCCGGCGCUGAGAAAUCCACUUUAUUGGAAGUAACCGCAGACUCACAUCAGAAUGACGACACGGACGGUGGACAAAUGCUUUCACAGCCACGCGUGCAAAAAGCAAUAGAGUUGUACUUUGCCGAAGUUGAAAAAUCUUGCACGCUCCCGUAUCUUUUUCGUUUUCACAGUGGUUUAAAGAGGCGUAUAAUUGCUGCCAUUCUAAACAUGUCCUUUGCAGAGUUCCAACAAUAUACUCAUAUAUACGAUGCGCCAGAAAUUCACAAGGAUCUUCAACUUCUGAAUUGUUGUUAUGAAUAUACAAUAAAGCAUCCACGCAUUUGGCCUAUUAACCUCUUUGUGCGCGUGGCUGAUCUUUUUCAGUUUCUCAAAACAAAAAACGUUAUACUUCCAGAAAUUAAUUUAAAGUAUAUUUCGCCAAAGCUACUACACUGGCAAGAUCUAAUUGCGAUGACAAAUUACGAUUACAUCGUUAUUUGGGAUUACUAUCGAUGUACUGGAAAGAAAAUUAAUAGGAGCAAUACUUCCCUAGAACCAUACCGUCAGAAAUUUUAUGAAAAAUGUUGGUUUUAUGAUAAAUGGAUAUGGAAUACACCAAAAUUACUAUCUAAAGUACUUAGCGAUGUGGCGAUCGAGGAAAGACCGUCAGUUGCAGAAGAAGAUAACGAAAAUACAAACUUCGAGAGAUCAGUUGUUUUCCAUGCUGUGGAGCGGGAGCAAGAAACGUGUGCACGUAACGAAGUAAGAGAGCCAACGUUUACGGCGGUAACCGUGGCAGCAAUUAGUGGGCACGAAAUGCAAGCAGCUGUGGGGGGUAGUGCACAAGAGGUGGCAGCAAAUAACACACGAAGGUGUAAAACUGUCGAUGCAGCAAUUCAAACAUCACAGGGACUUCUCGCCACAUAUAUACGUUCCGAAUUGCCAGUAGCUGUGUGUGACCAAGCAUUUGUACAAAUUCCUGUCGGUCCGGGCAUACCAUGCAAAGAUAUUAAAGAAGAGAAACUUGUUCCGCUCAACAAACUUCAAUUUAAUCUAACUCAAGAUGAGGAGCAUUACGAAUGUGUCCAAGCACCUGAUGAAAUAGUCGAUUUAGACACCACGUUUCAAUCUUCCCAAUCGCAAGAGUCAACAUUACUGCCCUUAUCGAAUUCAGAAAACUUAGAUUCGAAUGAUGCCAAUGCAUUAGUGUUGUGUGGGUCAGUUGAUAUGAGCGCUUUGCGUAACUGGCCUCUGGCAGCUGAAACAAAUGAAAGUCAAAUGCCUUUGAGGCAAGACUCGAAUGAGUUGAACUCGCAACAAAAUCAAUUGAUAGAUGAAAGUACAAUACUUUUAGAGAAUGAAUCUCAGUCAAAAGAAGGCACACAACAGCAACAUGAACAACAUCAACAGCAAGAACAAUCAUUAUCGGCCGAGCAAUGCGUGCAAACGAUACGAACGCAGCCAACAGAGAAAACUCAACCACCCUUGGAACAGUUACAAGCACAACUACAGAACUCGUUGCAAGAAGAACAAGGACAUGGAAAAACAGCGCAGCAAGAAAGUAUUACUCUUAUUACAACAACAACAAAUGAAAGAUCCAGCCAGCCACUUCAAUCAGAGGUUUCGCCAGAACUCGAGCAAAAGCCGAAAGAGCAACAAAAAGCAAUAAGGAACACAAGUGAAUUAUUAACGCAAUUGGCACUACAGAAAACAUCGCAAUUAGAACAAAAAGCCAUGCUGAAGCAUGUAAAACAGGAGAAAGCGAAAAAUUCAGUACAAAAAAAGCAAAACGACAUUGCAACCGUAGCUACGCGAAUAAUUCAACAACCCACGUCGUCUCGCCAUCAAAAGCAACGAUCCGUGGCAUCUGAAAAAUGCACCCAACCAGAACAACAAACGGCGGAAUCUCGAAUUCAGCGCGAACCCCAAACAAAAGAACCAGAGAAAGACAGGCAAUCGAAAACACAAUCAAAGCAACAACCAUUUCUGGCAGCGCAUCAAAAUUCAAAUCAGCAAACUGUAUUGCAGUCUACACAACACUGUGUACAGCAGCAUAUGGAACAGACUCAACAAGAUCAAGAAAUCGAAGGCCAACUGGGGGCCUUACUGGAAGAACGAAUGUGUAUGUUGCCACACCAACAACCGGCGACACAGCGGCAAGCGGCGGCACCACCACCAGAGAUGACAUCGCAACACAGGGAUAUAAGUCAGUUGCCGCAGCCAAUAAAUGAUAAUCUAUCAGUACAAAAACAACUGACAGCAGAAGAUGUCAAUGAAAAUGUGCAGACGAACGCCUAUAAUAAAAUCGAAAUCAUCUCUCAACAACUGCUACGAGAUUCAACUUCGCAGCAGCAACUCGCUCCGCCUCAACUGUUUCUUCAGCGUACACACACACAAGUUCAAGAACAAUUUAUGCUUAGACCUUCUGGCAGUGUGUCACAAAAUUUGCCAACUAAUGUACCACCUUUGGUCAAAAUAUCCAAUCAACCGAUACAAACUUGCGCUGCUAAAACGAGAACCGCCAAGACUGCAAAGUCCGUUGCGGCACGCAAAACAACAAAACACAGCGAAUUUGUGCCACAGCUCACACAUGUUUUUCAACCACUACCAGUUGCUUUAAAUACAAAGAAGGCGCCUUCAAACGCUACAGCCACAGCCAUUAUCAGUCUCCCCUCCACCAGCAGUCAAAGCCCGAGUACUUUGCAACAAAGACAAUUAGCAGCAGCUGUGGGUGAACAGGUCAUUUCCGCAAGUAGUGUUACGUUGCCUCCAGUAAAUACAAAUUCUUUGGUUUUAACGUUGCCACCGCCGAUAUCUUCCACAAGUGCCAAUAGUUCCAACUCAUCAUAUGUCUAUACGUUAAGUGGCGAUAGUACGUUCUUCAAUAACUCCGAACUGCUGAAGGUGAUAGAACAUUAUCAACUGCAGCGUAGUCAAGAACAACAGCAGCAGCAGCAGCAGCAACAACAACAACAACAACAGCUGCAACUACACCAACAACAGUCCCAAUUACUGUUUGGACAAUCACAAUUGGUUCACCUACCACACCCACAAUUUGAACAGUUGCAGCAAGUGGAACAGCAGCAGCACCACCACCAACAAGUGCAAUUGUAUCAACACUCGCAGAUAGAGCAACAACAACAGCAGUACCUUCAAAAGUCAUCGCCAAUGGUGCUAGAAACCAAUGCGCCACAGCAGCACCAGCAGUACCAAGUGCUACCUCAACCGCUGAAUCAACCACUCGUAUAUCAGUUACUGGAUGUGACACAGGCAUCGCGCGAUAGUGGUGGACAGCAGCAGCAACAGUAUUCGCAGUUGCAAGAAGAGCAAUCACAUAAUCCGAUUCAGUGGCAAGUGCAAGCGGAAACUACAAACCGAAUGCAACAUUCUCCUAUCCCAGAGCACUCAUUACAUCCACAUUUCACCACCGAAAUGUCGCAGGAACAUUCCAUGGAAGUGCACAAUUAUUCCAUGACAAGGUCAUCAUCGUCAAAACCAUACCCACAUAAUACAAUCGAAAUGUUGCAGCCUAAUACACAAACUGCACCAUCGUCAUCAGAAUUAAUGUGGUGGAGCCCAGAUGUUUCAUUUUAACAUACAAUUUUUCAUGAAUACAAACAAAAUUCGAGCAUUUACUGAUAUACAUGUGUACAUACAUUAUUACAAAAACAAAAACACUAUUUGAUAUGUAUGUACAUCUCUCUGACGAAUUACGGUUGGAGGAAAAUUAAGUUAACAAAUCAAAAGCAAUAUUUUUUAAAAUUUAUAAAGUAUUAUUUCAGUCACAUUAUUUUCU